CGGCCGGAGUCUUGAGAUGCUAAAAGAGCGGCACCGCCCACGAAUUUGACGGUUGGACGCUGUGAGAGCACCAAUCAUACGCCGCGAAGGCGUGAACAGCAGAAAACCGCACCAACGCGAUCGCUGUGGCACAAAAGGUGACUUGCAGCAGCUGCCCCAGCGCGUACACGAGCGCAGCGCCAUAGAGAUGGACGCCGUCCUGGUGAAAUUCUCGACGGAGGAGCUGCGCUUAGCCUGUCAGCGUGGCGACAUCGAAACUGUGCGCGAGUGCAUCGAUCGCGGUGCGCAGAUUAACGACAGGAGAUCCUUCGACCCUAAUAUUGAGAUCUCUCUAGCUCUGCACGCUACAAAGACGCCACUUUACAUCGCGUGCGAGAAUAAUCGCUUCGAGGUCGUGGAGCUUCUUUUGGCGCAUGGUGCCUCUCCUCGCAUUGCCGACGGUCGCUGGCAGACCCCGCUUUUCAUAGCUUCUGUAUGGGGCCACAGCCGCAUCGUCCGACGCCUUCUGCUGGAGGACAGCGAUCUCAACCACCGGAGCACCAACGGCUCGACGCCACUUCUGGCGGCUGUCUCCAGUGGACUCUCCACGUGUUGUGCUGACUGCGUCAGGACGUUAUUAGAGAGGGGCGCUGCCGUCGACAUGCCGGACCACAGUGGUUGGUCACCGCUUGUGGUCGCGGUUGAAUCUCAAAAGUAUUAUCAUGGGGCCCAUAAUCUCGAUGAGCGCCAAAGAUUCGUAGACAUGGCCCGCAUGCUGCUGACGCACGGUGCUGACUUUGACUGGGUGCCUUCACAAAAUAGAAGUUGGAGAAAAUUACGUUGGAGGAGCCCGACUGAUUUUUCAUCCUGCGCGACGCCGCUGCAACGCGUGCGAAAGCUUGGAGACCCUGCAAUGAACGCGCUCUUCGACUGCUACCUCUUCUCCUACUUCCUGCUCCGCAUCCGCCUCUGCGUGAUCGGUCCGUGCGCGCCGCGGCCCGCCCCGCGCCGACGCGGCUUGUUCGGGCGCCUCGUCGCGAGGCGCAAUGACGUCGGCGGGGCGCGCUACGGCCUCGUCGACGAGCCGCACCUCGCGCGCCACGUCGCGUCGUUCCUGGUCGGCUAG